UCAGUCUCCCCGUUUCUCUCUUCUUCUGCUUCCAUGGAAGAAGGCGGUAACAGCGUUACCCACAAGAACAAUGGAAGCAAUAGCAACAGUAAUCACAGUUAUGGCGGUGGAUUUUUGGAGGCUAGCAAAGCAGAUAGAGCAAUGUGGCUAAUGAAGUGCCCUGCUCUUGUCUCUCGCUCCCUCCAGAGCCCCGUUUCUCUCGACGAUCCAUCGCGUCCCGUUGCUAAAGUCAUCCUCUCCAUCGACCCUCUCGCCUCCAAUGACGACAAUGAUUCUUCUUCUCGUCAGGAUUCCUUGGGGUUUGAGCUGCAGAUGUCUUGCUUUCUUGAAGCCUCCGCUCCACCGAUCACCAGAUUGAUUGAUAAGAACCAGCUUCCAACUCCGGCAACCAUUUCUUGUGAUCAACUUCUUCCUUCUUCAAUCUCUCACUGUUACAUCUCUAAUGACCAGACUGAUAAGACCAGUUCCCAAUUCCAGUGACAGUUUCUUGUCAUCGUCAUCUUCUUAUCUUGAAUCCUUCAGUUUGGCUCGUCUGAUCACUAUUUUUACUUCUUUCAUUGGACCCUUUAUGUGACUCUGCCAUCAGAAUAUUUUCAGCAGCUGCAACUGAUACCCAUUCUUCAUCACCAGACUGUGCCAUUAUUGGAGAAGAGCAGGGAAAGCAAAAAGGAUAUGAGAGGAGGAAUAAGUUUCAACUCUGAUUUUUUGGGGGAGGUUGAAGGCUUUAUAUUGUGAGCUUUUAAUACAGAAAGGAGUAUUUGGCGUUGCCGUUUUUUUGGUUGAUUGAGGAACUUUAUAAAAUUACCUCUGGGUGUUUAAUCCUGUUUCCGCUGUUUCUUUCAAUUCAAUAUAAAUCACAUGCAGAUUGUUGGAAUGUGCUUGCUUUUCAAGGGAAGAAGCUACUCAGGUUGAGCAUUGCUCAGAAUAUAGUGAUGCAAUCGUUAUGGUUCAGAUGGAGAUGAUUUUCAUAUAAAAAAAAAAGCCUUGUAUUCUAGAUGUUUGCAGUAGUGAUUAAGCAUUCCAUGGUACCAUUAUUUGGAUUGGUUCCUCAUUAAUCCAGAUUGCAUAAAUUUGCAAUGAAACUAAAGUAGAUUUUUAUAUACACAAACAUAGACAUAUAUAUGAAGGGUGAGUGAGAGAAAUCGAGAGAAACCACAGAAUUACUGUGAUUUCUCCUUUGAUUUAUAGCUUUCCGACAAGCAUUACAGGUAUUAUUUCAAUAAGAAAAAGAAAAACAAGCAUUAACAGGGAGAAAUGGAAGUGUCCUGUGCCCAAAAGUACGAAUGGUAGAAGUUAGCCCCCUAAAAGCGAGUACUAAAGAAAAUGGGUGUCUUGCUUGAAUAUUCGUAUGAGACACUAUAAUAAACCACAAUUUGAGUAAUUCUUGUUUUUAUUGUUUUUACUACAAAUGAUGCAUGCAGCAGGACUUACAGAUGGGUGAAAUCGACACUUUGUUAUAUGAGAUGGGCUGUGAUCAUGGAUAAUUAAGAAAGCUUUAUGAGAUUAUUACUUGUUUCCUUACCCAUAGCACGCACCAUAAUGAACCACCACUUAAGUAACACUGCUUUACAGUCUUCUUUCUCCCACAAAAUGUUGCAUGCAACAGGACCUACAAAGAUGGGCAGAUCAUGGAUGAGAGUAAGAAAAGUUCUACAAGAUGGCAGUCAUCAUUGGUAACUAGGGUAGUUUUGUCAUAAUUCAUGAAAGAAGGUAGAGAAUCAUUCUAAGAUAGUCAAUUGAAGUCAAUGACAGAGUAAGGUGUGUGCAAAUUAUGGCU